UUCCAGCAGGUGAUCAUGCUGUUUAAACACAGACACACAGAAACAAGUAACUAAGGUUGAUUGUACCAAGAAGAUUCCUCCAAUUAAAUCCUGCCCUUGUAGAAUCAGGAAACAAAGGGCUGCUAUAUAAGCUAACAGUCACACUGCAUGAUUUCCAAACAUUGUUUCCACACCUGUAGUGUGAGAACAGAAAAACUGCACCGGUGAAUCCACAGACACAAGAAAGAAACUGAACCAAGCAAAUACUCUAUUUUGUGUAAAAUGAAAGCUUGUCAAUAUGUCCUCCUCUUUAACUGUCUCUUCCUUUAUGCUCUAGCUUUGGAGUGUGAGGUGAUCCCUGGUAACUUGAAGCAGAUUGACGCUGGAAUUGGGAUAUUGGGUGGGGUGAAUGAUGACAAUGAAUUGUUCCUGUUCCUUGGGAAUCAUUUUCGAAAAAUAAAUGCAACCAUGAAGCACUUUACAGUUGGACCUGCUGGAGAACUAGGAGUAAAUUUGUCCAACACCGUCUUAAAGUUCCAGAGUGGUCAAUUCAGCUCAAUUCCAGUCAAUUUUAAACAGGUGGAUGCCGGAGGUGACCAAAUUGUUGUAGGUGUUACUCCACUAAAUGACGUCUUCUGCUUGAAUAAGGAUGCUAACAAUGUUGGACCAUCUGGCAAUUUUCCUUGGGUACAACUUUCAGGAAAACUGAAGUAUUACAGCUGUGGCCCGUACAGCUGCUGGGGAGUGAACUCAGCUGGGAAUACUGUCAUCAGAAGGAGUAUAACAGGUGCUUCCUGUGGAGGGUCAGGUAUUUUUGAACUGAUUGGUGGAAGUCUGUCAAUGAUCGAAGUAGCAACUGAUGGUAAUGUGUUUGGUAUUGAUCUUCAGGGGAAUUUAUUGCAAAGAACUGGUGUCUCUGCAUCAAAUCCCAUUGGCUCGGGUUGGUUAGGGUAUCUAGUCUGUCCCGACGGCCACAAGCAUGUGACUUAUGAUCUGGGGAGACUGUAUGUCAUCUGUAGUGAUGGAUCCAUAAGGAGAUGCAUUUAAAUGUCCAGCAAUAUCUCAGCUAAUUCUAAUCUCAGCUAACUAACUCAUUGUAAAUGGAA